AUGUUUGAUCUCUACGACGAGGACGAGGACGAGAACAAGAGCGGGCCGUUGGUUCCCGUAUCGUCUCCGCUAUCGACACAGGUAUCGACUCCGGCAUCGACUUUCGUGGCCGAGGCAUCAGAUGAACAAUUGGUAGCAAUGCCGCCCGAUAUGUUGAUUGCCAGCGCCAACGAGAGACACAUGUUGAUCGCCCAGGAGACCAAAAUCCUGAGCGACAAAAUGAAACAAUGCGAACUAAUCGUUUUGAAAGCGUAUAGGGUGUCGGAUUUCGUGCCCACUUGCGAUACUUCGGAUCAGGAGAAAAUGUGGAAGGGAACGAUAACACCGAUACUGUUACAAACGAUUACGGAGGAUGUUUACGCCCGAUCGGUAAUAACGGAAAGCUUUUCGGCAUUACGUGUGCUCUCGAUUACAUUGCAGAGUGCCUACGAAAUUAUAAGGGCAACCAGGGGCAGUCCUGAAGCUAUCGAAAUUGCGAAACAGGAUAUACCGGAAGCGUUGGCCAAUAUCGAUAAAUGUAUCGAAAAGGUCGAGAAUUUGAAAAAUGAAGGUAUGCGGAAAUUUGGUGAUAGUACCAAGAUCAUAUUGGAAAUAGCCGGGCCUGCAAUUGCUGAUAAAGUAGAUGACCUGGCUCUGUAUAAUAAGGAAAUCAAUAAAGCUCUAGAAACUGAGAUUAGAUUACUAAAUAAUUUACACAAAGCUGAAGCCGAUGCGAUACACUACGAAAAUUUAAUCAAGGUGGUAAAAUCUAAGAGGGAGGCUGUUCAAAAAGAGAUUAAUGCAAUUGAAAAUCAGAAAGAGCAGUUAUUGGACAUGAAAAUAGAACUUAAUCAGAAAAUUCAAAAUAUUCCCGCAAAAAUUACAGAAGAGCGCAAGGUUAAGACAACUGAUAAAAUGUUAUGGGGGUUGUUCAAGAAAAAAUCUUCCCAGGUGAUCAUUGAAGAGGUGGAUAACCCAAAUAGAGAGAGUGAACAGAAAUUUUACGAAAGUGUGAUCAACGCGCGCUCCGAUCGCAUCGCUAAAGAGGACGGCACCGCAAACGCCAGGCGAGCGGUGGUCGACGAUCUGGACAAACAAAUUAAGAAAUAUGAUAAAGCUUACCAGGGAGCGUUAAUCGCGAUCAAGAUAGCCGAAGAGGAGAAGCAAAAAAUGGAACAGGGUGAAAGUGGCACCACGGAGACCAUCCAACGAAAUCGCGAGUUGAUUAAGAAGACGCGCGAAAGUGUCGCCACCCUGGAGACAAAUUUUGGACAAAACGGACAGACGCUCGUCGAUUGCCUAUCGAAUUUGAAGUCGUUUAACCAGAGUCUGUAUGGUGGCGCCACCGCUUACUCGCCUAUGAUUUCAAUUCUAAAGGGUAAUGUAUUAAAUUAA